AUGUAUUCAGAAUCCGUUAUUAACUGGUUUGAAGAGCACCUUCCUACAUUUGAUGUUGAUGUAGACAAACGUUUUCGAGCUUUGAGGGUACGCAAGUACUCCCAGAUAUGUCUUUUACUUUCUUUCAUUAUAAUAUGCAUUAUAAUACCCUUAUUGAAUUGUUUGUUAUUGACGAACAAAUUCUUCAAGAUAUGUCAUCAUUUAAAGCAUCACGUUUUCAAUAGGCAGUCGUGGGUGCACAAGACGCAUAUGUAUCACAAUCAAUCAUUACAGUUGUGUUUGGCAUGUUUUAUUUUUACUUCAAUUUUUAUUGUUCAAGGCGUUAACAGGGAUCUCUUGGAAAUCACUAAGCGUAUGGGGAGGAUCUCCGUUGCUUUGAUGCCGCCUUUAUUAUUUCUAACUUUGAGACCAUCCCCAUUGCCUCACACGUUAUAUUUAGCAUUAUUACCUCUGCAUAAAUGGAUUUCCAGAAUUGUCGUACUCGAAUCUGUUUUACACACAUGGUUUUACCUUUAUUACAUGUACAUUAAUGGCGCGUUAUACGUCAAGAUGAAAAAGUUACCUAAUAUUUAUGGGGUUGCUGCCCUGGGUCUUUUCUUACUCAUUGCUAUUACCUCCGUAAGAUAUGCCAGAAGAUUAAGUUACAGAGUCUUUUACUAUGUCCACUACAUAAGUACAUGGCUCAUUGUCGUUUUGCUGCAUUACCAUGCCCGCCCCGGUAUCUCGUAUUACACCUCUUUGAAUGUGGCCAUCUUGGUGGGACAAAUUAUUUAUAGGCUCUACGUUUCAAAUACCACAGUAGUAACAAUCGUGCCCAUAUCUUCAUCAUUAUCUGUUCUGGAGUUCCCAUUAGUUGAUUUGCCCAAGCGUCCCAUCCUACCAGGUGGCCAUCUAAGAAUCAACGUAUAUCAUAAAAGUUUUUUGAAGAGAUGGCUUUCUCAUUUAAUACCCUUCCAACAUCCCUUUACCAUAGCCAGUAUACCAAGCGAUAGCUUGGUAAGAUUAAUUAUUAGAAAUGGGCACUUCCCAUUACGCACAAACAAGAAGUAUUACGUAACAGGUGCUUUUGAACCAGAACUAAGUUUUAUUUCAAAACCCAGUUUCCCUAUUGACGGUAGUACAAGGUCAUCGAAGAACCCAUUCCGUAACAACUCCUCAGCACUAAUUAGUUCGCCGCUGAACUUCGUCAUCAAGGCACAAAGAGUGUUUAUGUGUGUGGGAGGCUCGGGCAUUUCCUUCGGUUUACCAUUGCUUCGUAUUUUGAAUUUUAACGGUGUAAAUGUAAGACUACUUUGGGUUUCCAGAGAUUAUAAGGAUCUAGAAGUACUAAACCAUUUCAAAAACAAUUUCGAAGGUAUGGAAAUAUAUAUUAGUGGUACUGAAGGUAACGAACAGGAUAUUGAGAUCGAUUAUAUUGAUUACCAUGACCCCCAUAUAGACGUCGCGGAUGAAGGUACUAACACACCUUCGCGGGUACAGGGUUAUGGGCUAAGAGACGAUUCUAUGUUAUCAGACGGGACUGCGCCGUAUGCUGAACCCAACGAGAAUUCUGCUCUGUUGAGUAAGAAAUCCACUUUGAGAACUCACCAGUCUACCAAGACAAACGACAUACCUGACAGUAAUGCAGACGAUGAAAUAGACUUUACUUAUGCUUUUGGUAGAUCUAAGUCAAAGAAAAACAUCACCCGUGGGACCUUAACCACACAUUCCUCGCUCAAUGGGUCGAAUGUUUUCAGACAACCGAAGACCAUUGAGCCACCUGUACAAGAACAACAGGGCGAUUCGCCAUCAGCAACACCACCGAAAAAAAUCAGAAUACCAGCAGGGGUCAAAGUCUUCUUUGGUAGGCCUACACUCGGCGAUAAAGACUAUGAGUGGUGCCUGCAAACAGAAUGUGACGCGGAGACAGAUUCUAUUCAAUGCUGCAGGUGGGCAAACCAAGGCAGAGAUCACGCCGAAUACCUAUCGCAAGUGUGGGUGCUUGCUGCCGGCCCAAGAGGUUUAAUAGAAAGCACAAGAAGAUGGKCAGUAGACGGUGGACUGCACUUCCACGGAGAAAGCUUCGCAUUAUGA